GACUGCUAAAUCACUUGAGCAGGAAACGAAACUAAACUUGUGACAUCCUGCCUUCAGACAUGGCAGAGCCUCGUAUUCCCGUGAGAAUGAACCACCUCUGCUGUCCGGUCUGCAACCAGAUCCUUAGGAGUCCUGUGACUGUCCCCUGUGGCCACAACUUCUGCCUGCAGUGCAUCCAGGACCGCUGGGAUGGCGACGAGAGGAGCGACUCUUUCUGCAGCUGCCCCGAAUGUGGCCACGAGUUUCUUUCCAGACCCCAGCUGAUCAGCAACACGACCCUGGCCGAGCUGGUGAGGGACACGGAGCAGCGGGAUGCCGAGAGCUGGAGACAGACGCAUCCAUGCGUGUCCGCACAGGCCCUGAGAAGAGGGCAGAGCUGGAGAGAAACGGGAAACCCUUUGUGUGGGAGGCACGGCAGCUUCCUGGAUGUUUACUGCUGCACCGAUGAGCAGAUCAUAUGUGCAGUGUGCGCUUCGUCUGAGCACAUGGGGCACACCAUCGGAUCAGUGAUGGGGGAGAGCAGGAGGAAACAGGAGGAGUUGAGGAACAUGCAAAUGAAAUCCCAGCAGGUUCUCCAGAAACGAGAGGAGGAAUGCAAGAAUGCUCUCAAACAGAUUCAGGAGGAGGCGAAAAACACAGAGGACUAUUGUGAGAGCAUCAUGGCCAGUCUCAUUGACUCCCUCCAGAGACAUUACCUGUCAGUGAAGGAGCUGAUCGGAGCUCAGGAGAGGGCGGCGGCAGCUCAGGUUCAGACCUCCCUACAGACCAUGCAGGAGAAGAUGGAGGAAAUGAGGAAGAGGAGUGCUCAGCUGGAUUGCCUGGCACAGACUGACAAUGAUGUCCAUUUCUUGGCGAAAUGGCCAUCUCUGCGACGCCUCUGUGAAAGAAACCAUCUCCACCCCCUCCGUGGUGCCUCCAAGGAUCCGCUCCUCCCCUUUGAGUUCACAAAGAGGGCUGUCGAAGAGCUCGGGAGGCACCUGGAGGAAUACUGUGAUAAACGGUUCACCUCAAUCUUUCAAACUUCGGGCAGAGGAGAGGAGCAGAAAUCAGGAAGGAAGACACAGCAGGACGAGGAGCAGCAAAGAUGUGAAGCCAGUACCUCACAGUGUCAUGGUCUCCCUGGAGUUAACAACACUCUGACUGAACAGACUGUGGAGCCGAAAACCAGAGCAGAGUUCCUGCAGUAUGCAUGUGGCCUUAGCCUGGACCCUGCCACAGCGCACGAGGACCUGGCUGUUUCUCUUGGGGGUAAAGAGGUGAGGCUGAGCCCUCUCAAGUGUAAGAGCCCGACUGUUCGUUGCCCCGAGAGGUUUAUGCACCGGCGCCAGCUGCUGUGCAGGGAGGGACUGCAGGCCGAGCGCUGCUACUAUGAGAUAGAGGUGGAGGGAGAGAAGGCUGAGAUUGCCCUUGCCUACAAAAGAAUAGACAGGAAAUCCCGCACGGAACUGUCUGCUUUUGGGGGCAAUGCAAAUUCCUGGAGUCUUGAUCGCUCUGCACGUUACUCUGUGAGCCACAGGUCUCACAGCAUCCAGCUCACAAAAGCCCCCAGUCAUCACAGGAUCGGCGUGUAUCUGGAGUUCAGAAAGGGAACUCUGUCUUUCUACGAGGUGUCAGACCGUAUGAUGUUCCUUUACAAGGUUGAAGCUGUAUUCACAGAGCCGCUGUACCCGGGCUUCUGGCUGGGAGAGAAAUGCUGCAUCAGGAUCUGUGAGCUGAGAUGACACAGACUGUAAACCACGGGAGAGACGCCUUCAUUAGUUUGAGUUUUGUUUUGAAUUAUUGAAGCAUUUAUCACAUGACGCCCUGACUGAAUUUCCUCGCACUUUGAUUGUUUUCUGAAGCCUGCUCGAGUUCUAGUGGGGAUGAUGACACAAAACAUCAUAACAGCAUAACAACAUCUCAUUGUGCUUUUUUGCUGCCGUGACCGAAUGCUUACUCAUGGGGGAAUUGUUGGAGAUGUCAUGAGAUGAGCACUAUAUAAAUAAUUUUGAAUUGAAUAAUUGUGAUCUUAAACUACUGUAAGUCUCAGGGUUAUGGGGUGUAGUGGAAAUCCCACAUCUAUGCCUUCCCAUGUGAGAUGAGAAAUAAAG